UUCAUGAUUACGAUUUUGUGGCUUAUUUUCAGCUCUCCCUUACCGGAAUGGUACGUUACUUAAAACCACUAAUUUGGAGAAAUCGUUUGUUUUAUGCACUAAUUUAGCUAGUCGAUUCAUGAUAAUACGGAUAUAAGCCAAAGUAGGACAAAUCGUUCUUUCAUUAUUCCAACUAGACCGACUCCUUGUCUUGUAACAUAGCUUUUUUUUUUUUUUUGGUCGUAUUGUAACAUAGCUUUAGAUUGCUUUGAAUAAGCAUAUAUAUAUAUAUAUGUAUAUAUAUAUAUAUAUAUCAAUUGGGUUCAUUAAAGUGUGUGUUUAUGAUUUCAUCUCUCACUCCUUAAAACACUGCGUUUUCGUCACCAAUUAUUUGAGGAGGUCCCGGGAAAUGCCUCACUUUUGAGGAUUCACGGAAAUGAUAUAUGGCAACCUGUUCUGCUUUAUUCUCAUAUCCCUCUGCGGGUACUGAAAACCAAAGAACCCAGUCCCGGACGGAAACGUGUCCUCCCUCUUCCCCCAAACUGUGGCAGGUGUACGCCACCAAUGGGCAGUAUGGUAAUUUUGCGAGAGACACAAAACCCCUGCCAAAGGUGACCGUAGGAUUUUGUGUUUUUAUCCCACUGACGACCUCCAGCGUUAGUGUGUGUGUGUUGUAGUGAUGCCACUUACUACUGAGACCACUGCAGCGACCUGACCGCACUCUGUCUCUGUCAAUUCUCCACUCCUCUCUCUCUCUCUCUCUCUCUCUCUUUCUCUCUGGUUUUAAAAAUAUGGUGCAUGAGGAGUCCAUGAAAACCCAUUAGCCCAAAACUUGAUCACUCACUCACUUCCUCUCUUUUUCCUUUGAAAUUUUGAGCUAGUCUGGUUUUGUGGACACCAUGAUGAAUUUGAGGAGCAAGGGAUCAGUGGCUCUAGAGGGUGCUGAGAGGAGCUGUGUUGACUGCAAGGUGACCAGGACACCAUUGUGGAGAAGUGGGCCGGCUGGUCCAAAGACCCUGUGCAAUGCCUGCGGCAUCAGGCUGAGGAAACGACUUGCCAGUCUGAACCCAGAAGACAAAGCAAACAAGGGGAAGAGAAAGAAAUCCAGAACAGAAAGAACUAGGCCAACAGCCUCUGUCUCCACUAAUGGCUCAACAACAAACACUGCUGCUGGUAAAAGCACUUCCACAACAGCCAAAAGUGCUUCUCCUCCUCCUCCUCCUCCUCCUCCUGCUGCUUAUGGCAAUGCUCGUGGCAGUCGCGGCACAUACUUGCUCAGGGCGGUGAGGAUUGUUGCGAAUAAACAGAGAGUGGUGAGAAAGUUGAGGUGGUGCUUCCAAAGGAGGAGGAGGACUAAUUUUAGGAGGACUGGUUUUUACUUUUUCGACAAAAAUUUGGAACAAGCAGCUGUGGCGGCAUUGCUAGCUCUCUCAUGUGGCUCCGCUCUUGAUUGAAAGAGAGUAACACUGUGAAUUUGUGGAAGGCUUAUGGAAGAGUAAUAUGAAACUCUCUGACCAAAACCUUUUGAGAUAGUUACUUUUUACUGAUUUAGAGUAAGGGAAACUAUGAUAUUUACCCUACCCUUGUUGAUGGUAUUUUGGUGGGUUAUUUAGUCUACAGAAGUGUUAGUAUUUGGAGGAAGUAGGAAAAGGAAGGAGGUAGUAAUCUGGGGAUGUCAUGGAAGUAGAGAGGAAAUGGAGGGAAUGACAUUCCUGUAUUUUGGGGGUAACCAGCUCAAAUUAUAUAUUGUAUAUGGUAACUAUGGGAAGAAUGUGAGUAAUCAAUGAAGAUCUUAUUACGUAUUCUG